AAGUUGAUCAAAUUCUUCCUGCAAAUUCCCUCAAAAUUCACAGGGAAGAAAAGUUCAUGCCAACAACCUAUACGUAGUGUCCCGUGUGGAAGAUCUCGAUGUCGGGCCCUAAGCUCGUAAGAGUUCCGAGCAUGAUGGAGAGGGUCGAGGACACUCUAUCUGCUCACCGAAAUGAACUCGUUGCCCUUCUCUCCAGGUAUGUGGCGCAGGGGAAGGGGAUAUUGCAACCGCACAACCUGAUCGACGAGCUUAACAACGUCAUCUGCGAUGAAACUGCGUGCGUGAAGCUCAGUGAUGGUCCAUUCAGUGAAGUUCUGAAAACUGCUCAGGAAGCCAUAGUUCUUCCCCCUUUUGUUGCUUUAGCUAUUCGUCCAAGGCCAGGUGUGUGGGAGUUUGUGCGUGUCAAUGUGCAUGAACUAAGCGUUGAUCAGUUGACAGUUUCAGAGUAUCUCAGUUUCAAGGAAGAGCUUGUUGAUGGGCAGAAAAAUGAUUCAUUCAUCCUUGAGCUUGAUUUUCAGCCAUUUAAUGUUUUGGUACCACGACCCACCAGAUCAUCAUCAAUUGGGAACGGGGUUAUAUUCCUCAAUCGACAUCUCUCUUCAAUCAUGUUUUGUAACAAAGACUCUUUGGAGCCUUUACUUGAUUUCCUUAGAGUACACAGUCACAAAGGACAUGCAUUGAUGGUGAAUGAACGGAUAUCAAAGAUCUCUCGCCUCGAGUCCUUGUUGGCUAAGGCAGAUGAUUAUCUUUCGAAGCUUCCAUCAGAAGCACCAUAUUCAGAGUUUGAAUAUGUAUUGCAGGAAAUGGGUUUUGAGAGAGGUUGGGGUGAUACUGCUGGACGGGUUAAAGACAUGAUGCACCUGCUUUCUGACAUCCUUCAGGCUCCAGAUCCUGCAAACCUAGAAACAUUUCUUGGUAGAAUGCCUAUGGUGUUCAAUGUCGCCAUUUUGUCAAUUCAUGGAUACUUUGGCCAAGCAAAUGUGCUGGGGUUGCCUGACACAGGUGGCCAGGUUGUAUAUAUACUGGAUCAAGUGCGUGCCUUGGAGACUGAGAUGCUUCAAAGAAUAAAGCAGCAAGGACUUCAUAUUAAGCCUAGAAUACUAAUUGUUACUCGAUUGAUACCUGAUGCGAAAGGGACUUCUUGCAACCAGCGGUUGGAGAGAGUCAGCGGAACUGAAUAUUCACAUAUUUUGAGGGUCCCCUUUCGAACAGAUAAUGGGGUUCUUCGCAAAUGGAUAUCAAGGUUUGAUGUGUGGCCUUAUCUGGAGAGAUAUGCCGAGGAUGCUGCAAGUGAAAUCUCAGCUGAGUUGCAAGGUGUGCCGGAUCUGAUCAUUGGAAAUUAUAGUGAUGGAAAUCUAGUUGCAUCCUUGUUAUCCCAUAAGUUAGGGGUGACACAGUGCACUAUUGCACAUGCAUUGGAGAAAACCAAAUAUCCAGACUCUGAUAUAUACUGGAAAAAGUUUGAGGAAAAGUAUCAUUUCUCCUGUCAGUUUACUGCUGAUAUACUGGCGAUGAACAAUUCAGAUUUCAUAAUUACGAGUACAUACCAAGAGAUUGCUGGAACGAAGAACACAGUUGGUCAAUAUGAGAGCCAUACUUCUUUCACGUUGCCGGGUUUAUACCGAGUUGUUCACGGGAUUGAUGUUUUUGAUCCCAAAUUUAAUAUAGUUUCGCCGGGAGCAGAUGACAUGAUUUACUUCUCAUACUCCGAGAAGGAUAAGAGGCUUACAUCCUUACAUGGUUCAAUAGAAAAGAUGAUAUAUGAUACCGAGCAGAAUGAUGAACAUAUCGGCACACUGAGUGAUCCAUCAAAGCCUAUAAUAUUCUCCAUGGCAAGGCUUGACCGAGUAAAAAACAUUACGGGGUUAGUGGAGUGCUACGCGAAGAAUGCAAAGCUUAGAGAAUUGGCAAACCUUGUUGUGGUUGCUGGCUACAAUGAUGUAAAGAAGUCAAGUGACCGAGAAGAGAUAGCAGAAAUUGAAAAGAUGCAUGCGCUUAUAAGGCAAUACAAUCUGGAUGGGCAGUUGAGAUGGAUUUCUGCCCAAACAAAUAGGGCACGUAACGGUGAGCUUUACAGGUACAUAGCUGAUAAGAGGGGCAUCUUUGUUCAGCCUGCAUUUUAUGAAGCUUUUGGGUUGACUGUGGUGGAAGCCAUGACUUGUGGCCUUCCAACAUUUGCAACCAGCCAUGGUGGGCCCAUGGAGAUUAUUGAAGAUGGUUUAUCAGGGUUCCAUAUUGAUCCUUACUACCCUGAUCAAGCUGCUGAACUUAUGACUAACUUCUUCCAAACAUGUAAAGAUAAUCCUGAAUACUGGGUUAAAAUCUCUGAAGCAGGUCUUAAGAGGAUAAAAGAGAGGUAUACAUGGAAAAUUUACUCAGAUAGACUGAUGACUUUAGCGGGAGUUUAUGGUUUUUGGAAGUACGUGUCAAAGCUUGAGAGGAGGGAGACAAGGCGAUACUUAGAGAUGUUCUACAUUCUCAAAUACCGCGAGUUGGUAAACUCUGUUCCCUUGGCAGUUGAUGAUCAGUGAAACUGUUUGACUUCGGUGGAGGAUGAAUAUAAUAAUGUUGUGUAUAUGUAAGCACUAAUAAAAAAUGCACCUCAUGAUUGGGUUCAAACUGCGAGUAAGCUGUUCACCAUCCCAAGUUCAAGUACCAUUUGGAUGAGGGAGCUAGGUUGAAUGGGAUUCCAUGCCGUUGAAGCCGUAUUAGUAGUUCCGUGCAUGAUCCUCUCAUCCUCCCACGAUACUCUAGAAAUAUGUUCCAUGAAUGUUCAUAUCAAGAGAAUGAUGCAGGUACGUAUUGUAUUUCACUUGUGCUGUGUAUGUCAAUAUCUCGUUUCGUUUGAAUGAAUGGAUUUUACCUUGGCCUAUGUGUGUGUAUUUUACGGUUUAGAUUUCAUGGGACAAUUCCACGGGUAGACUUACUACAUGAGCGGCCUAUGUCAUAUUCUAUCGGUAUCAUAAAUCUAUACGGUCCAGUUGGGUAAAAUUUUAACCUACAAGAGUGGGGCGGGGCUUGGGGCCAACAUACAGAAUUGACAGAUAAUUAGUAGCCCAAUACAUCAACAUUGCAUACCGUGGGGCUGGAGGCGUCUCCGCGCCCCCGGACUCUCUGCUGUAACGGGUGAGAUUCAAGGAGAACUAGAGGAGUAGUUGAUUGUUCUAUCAUUUGUCAAAGCCUAUACUUGCCUUUUUGUCAUGCCAAGUUACCCAUAAAAGCAGUCAAGCAGG